AUGAAUCAACAUGUGUUGAAUUUUUUAUUAAACCUUGAGGAAGACAAAUUGAGUGUUCCAAGCAAAGAUUCAGUAGAACAAUUGAUUAUUUUCUAUGAUAAGAAUAUAAACGUUGAGAAUAAGGAAGAAUGGUUUACCAAAGGAUUGGUCAGCUUGUCAUACUUUUUGUUAAAUGAACACUGGACAAGGUACGAGCAAAGAGAUAGAGUAACACAUCUUAUAGAUAAUUAUUUGGACCGAGAUCAUGAUUUGGUACAUUCCUUCAUUUCUGCAUUGAAACCAAUGUUAAUAAAAUCGACCGGGAUCAAUAAUGAUAAUUUAACCCCUUCAGGCCGCCGUAAGAUUGAAAGCUCCAGACCUGGCCUACAGCCAAGAUUAGGCUUUGAACAAACGUUUGGUGAAUCAAGAUGGAAAGAAUGGAGGACUAAUGGUGGAUUACGAAGUAUUGGGUUAUUUUAUAUUAUUUUGAGACACUUAGGGAAGCAGGAAAUUUCUGCAAACCUACCCUGGAUAAGUCCAGGAAUACUUAAUAUAAUUGAUGACACUACAUUAGGGCCAGAAAAUGUGAGAGUUUAUGGAAUUAUGUUGCUCUGCACAUUACUAGAAUCAGUGUUGAACAAGCGAGAUACAUAUAAUUUUAAUUUCAAGGAUACCGGGCUACAAAAGGUAUACGAGCCAAUAUUGACAAACCUUUUAUACAACUUACCACCAUCCUCAACUCCAGAAGAGACGCUUCGCACAUGGAAAGUGACAUAUCCUGCGUUACAGCUAAUAUUGAGAGUAGAAGCUUCAGAUAACGAUCAAGAUUUUAGAGAUAGAUUAGGGCACAUGUUUUCUGAGAAUAUAUUACAACUUACUAUUCCAAGAAUCGGAUUAGACUACCCUGGGCUCUCUUUGUGGAUUCUUGGCUAUUGUCAAGAUGUUGUUCUGAUGUUGGGGAAAGAAACAACAUUAUAUUUACAGCGUGUGAUAUACGUUCUUGGGGAAUUCUAUUUCAGGAAUGCGUUCAUGACAUUACAAAUGCCAAUUUUACAUAAGUGUCUUGAUCUAUUGAUAUUACUCUGUGAUCAAUGUAUUCCAGAGAGUAUAGUCAAUCAAAGGUAUGAUAUCCUAGCUUGCAUUCUACUAUGCUAUGAAAAAUGUUACAACGAGGGAUCUUUAACAGCAGAUGUCUUAGACAAAUGUAAAGUAUUAUUAGCUAAACUCGAAUCAUUCGGAUGUGAUUUCAAAGAAGAAUCAAAGAAACUGAAGGAGCGUAAAUCUCUUACUAAUUUAUUUGCAUAA